UUUGCGGUGCGCGCUUACUGCUCGGCGAAAGAAAACUAGUGACUGGUUCCCUAGCCCUUCUAGAGAUAGCCAAUCAGAUGUUGAGUGCACGAGAUACGAAAAUCCCUAGAAUUGUUUCAUCUCAUUGGAGGGCGCGCGAGAAAGAUGCGCGAAGCUUGCACCUGCAGCUUUGUCGGCAUGAGGAACAACUGACAGGACAGGAAGAGUCCUGCAGUAGAGAGAUGCGAAACUAAUGUCAUAAUUCUGACAGUACCACAAGAAAUUCUUCAUUCCCGGUACGAAAUUAUUGAAAACCAUCAGUGAGAUUUCAGUACUCCAAGAAAAAAAGUGCGUCGUUCAUUCUUUAACGAAUAGAUUUUUUGUUUGUGAGUUACAGCGGCGCUCGCCGUUGAAAAGUUCGAUCCACGCAAAACCGUUGAGAGUGACAUAAGUACGAUCUUGUGUAGUGGUGGGGGGUGAAAAAAAAGCCUGGUUGAGUUGGAGGUGAAACAUUCAGCCGAAUUCAGCGUUCUGUAUCUGUAAAGAACGUAACGGUCGUUACACGCCAAAGCAUUACGACUACUCGAAACAUCCGGACGCGUUUGAAUACCUAAUUUUCAUUACUUUUUAUAUAUCACUCCACAUAUUGUUUUUCUCAUCAAACGACGUCGCAUUAGUCUGGAAAUUCUGUAAAAAUUAUUCAAACAACGAUUUAUCGAGCGUGGAGAAUAGAAGAGAACAACGUUAUAAUUUCAACGUCGAAAUAAAAAGUGUUAUAAAAAAAUCAAUCGGGUAAAAACAUUUGUGACAAUGAGACCCGACACUCGCAGCGUCUCUUUUACGUUUCAUCGUGAACCUCUCGGUGAUCGAAACUCUCCGAGAAUGAACACCCGGAAUACUCGAAAUCUUCGACAACGACUACAAGAUCGUUUUGAGAAAGAUAAAAGUGACAUUUCUACAACGAGGGACAAUAAGAAAUCUAAAGUCGAAAAGGAUUGUUGCACUGAAAAGGGCUGGAGCAAUCUCAGCCUGGGCAAUGUUUCCGCCGAUUCUCGAAGGGUUCUUCGUACCGGGGCUGAAAAAUUGUCGAAAACAAUAUCGUCCGUUAGAACCACCAUUGGAACGAUAUCUCAGAAAUUUAGGACAUCGACUCGCAGACGUCAGAUCCUGGACGAGCAGCAAUCGCCGGGUAACAGCGCAUGCAAGGGUCAAACUCCUCAGACGAGAUCUCGUUGUUUACUCGGUAGAACGCCAACGAAGCUUUACAGUCCGUUUGGCAUUGAAUCACCGAGACGAGCAUGGGGCAAGGAAAACGAUAAGACGCCAAUUUCCGCCGAUUCCAAGGUCGAAGGACGUCGAACAUCUCGGCCGUUUCGUUUCGUUAACGCCCGCGGAUUUGCUGCCUUGAGAUGAACGAGCACUAUAUCCGACAAUUCCGCAUAAUCAUGAGCUUCUUUCCAAAGCUCCAUUUUAUUUAUAUUCACAUAUCCAUUGAUUAUACAACACACAUACGUUAAGCACCUUUUUACGUUUGCAUUCAUAGUCAACCAUGUUAUUCCAUCGGACUUUCGCGCCUGUUCGAAAGGAACAUUUUUUUUCAAUCGAGAACUCAAGAAAUAACUAACAAUCAUUCUACUCAAAUUGAGAUCAUUUUGGCCUUUUUGUGGAAUGAUUUUAUAUAGGCUUCCCUGGAGAUUCAUUGCCACGCUCGGAAAGUCUUCGUAUCGAGAAACGUCCGGUUUUACAAAUGAAGCGACUAAAAAAUGCCGGAGACUUGACUCCGACUGCAAAACACAAACGAAAAAAAUCAGAUUUUCACGUAAAAAUUAAUUCUUGUACUCUGAAAACAAAAUGACCGGUUCGUUAAAGAAUAUUUCAUGGUUCGAACCACUUUGUAAAACACUCGUACAAAAACAGUUUUUUAAUAACGUUUUUACGUUAUAGUCUUAAGCCAAAGUUUAUCAGGAUUGAACAAUGUCUGAACUUUUAAUUAAAAUUUAAAUCGAAUGUUCGUGAGUUUGAAAAUUGAGAUGGAAUAAAAUAGUUUUCUAGUAACGUAAGUGUCACGAUCUUCAAUCGAAAAGCCGCCAACGCUUCGCCGACGAGAAAAUGGAGCUAUGAGACUAAUAUGUAUUAUUUAUAUUCUUUACCAUUGUACGUUAGGUUUUUAUACUUGAAAUUAUUUAACAAAAUCCACGAACGUAGGACGAAUUUUUCGUUUUUAAGCGAGAAUCGUACAUAUAUUUGAGACAAAUCACUCGAUAUAUAACUUAGAUUAUUUACGAAGAUCAACGAUUUAUUCACCGGCCACUGUAGAUUUUUUACUUUUCUAUGAAACUUCUAUAAAUAUCUUCGCAUCAUCGCCAGUACAUGACUAAACAUAUAUUUUUUCCACAUGUAAUCCAAUAUAAUCGGAUAAACGAAAUAAAAUGGCAUACAACUCGGCGCAAAAAAUGCGUGCUUUCAAUGCACAAGCCGCAAAGAUAAAUGGACUUAAAAUAA